AUGACUUCCUUGUCAGAACUCAAACAGCGGUUACUCUUACCGCAUUAUAUCGUGAACUUACUUUUCUGUUUGCCGUUUUUUGCUGUUCGAUAUAUACCUUUUUUGAGCUCACGGUUCUUGGACUUUUCACUAGAGCCACCUGAACUUAAACUAUAUGGUCUCGUUCUCUCCCUAAUUGUAUUAAAAUAUCGGUCAUCGACCGGCGCUGAAGAAUUUCUUUCGAUACUUUUUCUGUAUGGGAAAAUCGUGAAUAUUUUAUUGUUAUACAUGUAUGGUAGAUCUGGGUUUAGCAUUGUUUAUGGGAUAAUGUGGGGUGCGUUAUUUUCAAUUCUGCCGCAGCCUAAUUAUCAGGGACCCUCAGAAAUUGUAGAGUUGUCUGGAGAUGAUUUAUAUGAAAUCGAAAGAAAUCAAUUCGAGACUUCUAAAAUCGUAGAAUUGUCAUCAUCUUCAUCCGAACAAAUAAAUGACGAGAAGGGUAAUAAUAGUAGUAGUAGUAACAAAAAAAAUGAAAUUCAUGAUCAAUACUGGAUUGUGCUAUUCUUCGCGAUGUGGAGUCCUGCGUGCCGGUAUUUCGAGGGGACACUUGCGAAAACAUCAUUAAAAUACACAACAGAAAACAUACAUUUCGGGAAAAUCGAUCUAGAGAGGUUCUCGGUACUAGCACAAGAAUACAACAUCUCGCUAUCGCCUACAAGUCUCGAUUUGCCAACAUUAAUUCUUUUCAAGAACGGUACCGAGAUAAAACGGUUGCCGCAGAAACUUGGUGGUAAUGAUGACGAUGAGACAAAGAAAAAGGAGUACGAGAAGCUUAAGAGUGAGACGUUGAAAAGCGCAAAAGCUACUUGGGAUCGACUGGGAUGGGAUCGGAGUAUGCAAUCGAUAGUCUCUGCUUUCAAAUUGGACGUUUUGAUAAAGGAUUAG